UCAACGGCCGGCGCCCUCUCUCCACUCCGACGCCGGCAAAAUUCCCCAAUUCUGACUUUCCGAGCGUCCCAACGCCCAACCAGGCAAUAGCACCCGCCGCGAUGGAGGCCGCAACCGCCGCGACGGCGGCGGCGAUGGUGUGGUUCCGGAAGGGGCUGCGCGUGCACGACAACCCGGCGCUCGACGCGGCCCGCCGCGGGGCCGGGCGGUUGUACCCGGUGUUCGUGCUCGACCCGCGGUACCUCCGCCCGGACCCCGCCGCGGCGUCCCCGGGCUCCGCGCGCGCCGGGGUCGCCCGCGUCCGCUUCCUCCUCGAGAGCCUCGGCGACCUCGACGCCCGCCUCCGCCGCCUCGGCUCCCGCCUCCUCCUCCUCCGCGCCCGCGACGACGUCGCCGACGCCGUCUGCGCCGCCCUCAAGGACUGGAACAUCGGCAAGCUGUGCUUCGAGUCCGACACUGAGCCGUACGCGCUGGUCCGCGACAAGAAAGUCACGGAUUUUGCGAUGGCUUCGGGGAUCGAGGUGUUCACGCCAGUCAGCCACACCCUCUUCGACCCAGCAGAAAUCAUAAACAAGAACGGUGGUCGGCCGCCUUUGACGUACCAAUCGUUCAUCGCCAUUGCUGGGGAACCACCUGAGCCUCUUAUGGAGGAGUACUCUGAACUCCCACCGGUUGGAGACACGGGAGAGUAUGAGUUGUUGCCCGUGCCCACAGUGGAGGAGCUUGGGUAUGGGGAUAUCAGCCAGGAGGAGAUUCCGCCAUUCCGAGGAGGUGAGACAGAAGCUCUGAGGAGAAUGAAAGAAUCACUUGAAAAUAAGGAAUGGGUUGCCAAGUUUGAGAAACCUAAGGGUGACCCAUCUGCCUUCCUCAAACCUGCAACAACUGUUUUGUCACCAUAUCUCAAGUUUGGCUGCCUGUCGUCCAGAUAUUUUUACCACUGCAUUCAGGAUGUCUACAGGAGUGUCAGAAAUUAUACAAAACCACCUGUUUCAUUGACAGGCCAGUUGCUGUGGCGAGACUUCUUCUACACAGUGUCUUUUGGGACUCCUAAUUUUGAUCAGAUGAAAGGAAACAAAAUAUGCAAGCAGAUUCCAUGGAGUGAGAAUGAGGAGCUAUUUGUUGCAUGGAGAGACAGCCGGACAGGGUAUCCAUGGAUUGAUGCUAUCAUGAUUCAGCUGAGGAAGUGGGGCUGGAUGCAUCACCUUGCACGCCAUUCAGUUGCUUGUUUCCUGACGCGUGGUGAUCUGUUUAUCCACUGGGAGAAAGGUCGUGAUGUCUUUGAAAGGCUACUGAUUGACUCUGACUGGGCCAUUAACAAUGGCAAUUGGCUGUGGUUGUCUUGCUCAUCCUUCUUCUAUCAGUACCACAGAAUUUACUCCCCCAUUACAUUUGGAAAGAAGUAUGAUCCUAAUGGGAACUACAUCAGACAUUUCAUUCCAGCGCUGAAAGACAUGCCGAGGGAGUACAUUUACGAGCCUUGGACUGCUCCCCUUAGCAUCCAGAAGAAAGCCAAAUGUAUUAUUGGCAAAGACUACCCGAAACCAGUGGUUGAUCAUGAGACUGCAAGCAAAGAGUGCAGAAAGAGGAUGGGAGAAGCUUAUGCGUCGAGUCGCCUUGAUUCCAACCCUUCAAGAGGGAAACCCUCAAACAUGUCACGGAGAAAAAAGUCUCACGGUGACCAAGGUGCCUCUAACUCGUCAAUUGCCAAGCUAAUGAAGAGGAGUCGAGCUGAGUGAUGCGCAGAUCCCCUCCUGUGACAACAUUACAAAAUUAAGCUGUGACAACGAACGACUGCCUGCAGCAGUCAUCUGUAGCAUCCUGAUGAAGUAGUUUAACUGAAAGGAAAUGACUUGCGAUCCUUUCUGAAUUGUAGUAUCUAUACCAACAAUGAACGAAGAGAUUUAUAACAUGUAUUUUUUAGAGGAAGAGA